AAUAAAGCAACCCAUCUUGUAGUAUCGCGGACCAUUUGGGCUUUUUCCUCGUGACACGGCUGGCCGGCCCACCAGAAAUCGAGAGCUCACUCAUCUUCCCGAGCCGAGGCUCUCCUCGGCUUCCCGUGCGUUGCUCCGCCUCGUGGCCCUCGUCUUCCUCGCCCCCCCUGGCCGCAAUCCUACUCGCCGGCUGCUUGCCGCCUCCUCUCCUCGAGCCCGGGUGAACCCUGACAACUACGCACAGAGAAGGAGGGUUUAACGGAUGAAGACGAGGUCGCAGACGGGCCCGAAGCCCCUCAAGACGGUGGCGCUGGCGCCCAGGCCGAGCAGCCCCAAGCGGAGGCUGAGGCCGAAGCCAAGCGGGAAGGGCGACCCGCGCGCCCCCAAGAAGCCCCCCACCGCCUUCUUCUAUUUCCUGGAAGAUUUCCGGAAGACUUACAAGCAAGAAAAUCCAAGUGCAAAAACAAUGCGGGAAAUAGGGAAGGCAUGUGGCGAGAAAUGGAAAACAAUGACAUUCGAGGAAAGGGUGAAGUAUUACGAUAUAGCUACUGAGAAGCGUGCAGAGUUUGAGAAGGCGGUGGUUGAAUAUAAUAAGAAAAAGGACAGUGGAGAAAUGUCAGAGGAAUCAGAUGUAGACUACAAUUGAACAUCAGGCUGUUCUAAAUUUGAUAAGGCGCUGAUCUACGGAACCAGAGAUUCUGGGUUCGAUUCCCAGCGGAGUCGACCUUCCUUUUUGACAGCCUUCACGUGUUACCUUUUUCUGGGGGUGACUUCUUCGCCUGAUGCAAAUUACAAUCCCAAAGCAACAAGCGCGAAUUGUUUCUGCCAAUCACCAUCUUAUAUAUUUAGCUAAAUAAAUCGUUCUUGACUUGUGAUGAAGUUAUAACUUAUAAGCUUGCGAUCUCAUUUUCA